AUGAAGCAGUGCCAAGGGUGCGACGCAGCCGUGGAGGGUACGGACCCUCACACUUCUUGCGUUAUGUGUCUCGGCGAGACGCAUGCUCUCGCGGCCUUAACUAAGGUGACCUGCACCGCCUGCGCUGCACUCGGGGCGCAGGAGUUACUGCGCCGGGCAAGCAUGCACCGCGAAGACGCCAGUUGGGCUGACUUCCCGGAGCCUUUUGCCAUGCACUCUCAGGAGGACAGACCGAACCUGCGUGAUGGCAGGGUUCCGUCUGACACGACCCAUCUGGAAGAGGCACUCCUAACCCUUGCUAACAGCUCUGGGGACGAGGACGACGACCUCCUUCUCCACUCUAGCGUUCAGGAGAUGCUUCCAGAUGACAAUUUGGAGCCUUCCGGCUCUGUCGCUAUCCCAACGGCGACGGCUGGUGGCUCCAGUGUACAGGCGCGACACAUCGAGGCACGGUGUGUAACCGACCCCUGUCUGCCCGUCUGUACAGCACUACGUGCAGCUUACCUGGGACAAGCCUUUCUCUACGAAAGCCCCGGCAGUAUUGGAGUCCUCGCCGGCUCAGAAUUGAAGCCGGCCAGGACUCUACGUCGGCCUAUCCCAGAUAAACACCAGGUCGCUGGCUCGAAUUCGACCCCGCCCCCACUUAAGAGCCGGGCUUCUGCAAAUUCAGAAGCCCACGGUACAGUCUACACUGCUUUCAACCAGGUCCGCGUUCAACCUUUGUGCUUGGACUCGGAAGUGCAAGCUGACGCCAUGGAUCAGUACAGUAAUCAGAGCGGGCUACGCGUUACAGUUCGCUGUCCCCCCUCCUCCUUUUGUAGGAGUAAGGGAAACGAAUAUGCCCCUGCAUCUAAACAGCGCACUAUCCCAAGAGAUAGAGACAAAAAAAGCGCGAUCCGCCUAGUCCCCAAACACGACGAAAUGCAAGGGUUUUAUUCCCUUUAUUUCCUCGUUCCAAAGAAAGACGGCGGUGUGAGACCAAUAUUGGACCUGCGAGCACUGAACCGUCAUUUGGUGAAACGAUGUUUUCAGAUGCUAACGCACAAGCGCGUAAUGAGCUCAAUCAGCCAAGGGGACUGGUUCACGCUCGUAGAUUUAAAAGACGCUUACUUCCAUGUGAACAUUGUACAGCGCCAUUGGCAGUACCUUCGUUUCGCUUUUCUGGGAAGAGCCUACGAAUUUACCAAACUCCCAUUCGGUCUGUCCCUGGCACCCCGCACCUUCGAAAUGGUGGCGCGGGCUGCUAUCGCCCCAUUGCGACAACAGGGCAUAUGUGUUUUAACGUAUCUGGACGACUGGCUUGUGUUAGCCCCUUCCAGGGAGUUGGACUCAUUGUCAAUGACGGCGCUUCUUUCUCAGGAGAGAAUUGCUUCCCUGAGAGACCACGCUUGCCGAUUUCUCCCAGGUUGCUACAUCAGUGGAAUCAUGAUUAUGCGCCUGUUGGGGUUAAUGGCGGCAGCAAUCGCCGUGGUUCCGUUGGGAUUGCUACGCAUGAGACCGGUGCAAUUCUGGCUCAAGCGAAUGCAUUUCGAUCCAAUGAGAGACCGCGCAAAGCUGUUUUGCAUUCCGCAGUCGGUUGUGAGAGCACUCUCGCACUGGCGAAUGCUGAGUGUCGGUGUGCCAAUGGGCGCUAUCUCCACUCAUGUCCCUGUAUACACAGACACCUCCACCAAGGGGUGGGGGGCAGUCUGCAAUGGAAUGAUGGCGAGCGGGUUGUGGAACCCUCCUCUGCCUCAUAUCAAUGUGCUGGAGAUCACAGCAUUAUGGCUUGCAUUACAACAUUUCGAACCCCUUCUUCGGGGCAGACACAUUCUAAUCAGAAGCGACAACAAAGCGACAGUCGCUUACCUAAACCGACAGGGCGGCACCAAAUGUCCACAUCUACACCGGCUGGCGGUGAGGAUCUGGACUUGGGCAUACCCGCGAGUUCGCUCCUUACGGGCGCUCUACGUCCCGGGGCAGCUGAACUGCGGCGCAGACCUCUUGUCUCAGGGCGGUCCCUCCUCCCUAGAGUGGUGUCUUCACCCACUCGUGGUAGCGGAGGUGUGGUCACGCUUUGUGAAAGCGAGAGUGGAUUUAUUCGCCUCCCGACAGAAUGCGCAUUGCCCAUUAUGGUUUGUGAUGACAGCAACCGGCUCGCCCCCACUGGGAGUGGACGCGCUAGCCCAUCGCUGGCCCAAGCGCCUCCUUUAUGCCUUCCCUCCCUUUGGUCUGAUACCGCAGGUACUAACCAAAGCAAGAGAGAAGAAACCCCUGAUUUUGAUCGCGCCAGAUUGGCCACACAAACAGUGGAUGGCCGAUAUAGCCCUGCUGCUGACUGGUGUCCCGUGGCGACUUCCCCAGCGCCGGGACCUCCUGUCACAGGGGGCGGGGACCAUUUUUCAUCCCCACCCAAGCAGGCUGCGCCUCACGGCUUGGCCCCUGUUAGGAGCAGGCUCGUGA